CAUCGCUCAAGAAAGACAUUGUUUUUUAUGAAAAGAAUGCACAUAAGGUAUUGAUGUAUACGCUGUCACGGAUUGUCAGAUCAAAUCCGAUGGUGACGUCAAACCGAAAAAAAACAAUAUCUGGUUCGUAAUUGGAGUGCGGCAAGGAGGGUUCCUGAACGUGGGUUUGUUACAUGGACAUGUAGCCACGAAGAAAGCAGUACAUUAGAAUUCAUCUGACGUGUGUGCUACACAAGGCGACAUGGACCGCGGGUUAUCUUUGGCAGAGACGUAUGUGUCGGUCACCUAAAGUUAACAAGAUGGACUAAGAAGGAUGUUUAUUAUUACCAGAGGAAAUACAUGACACAAGUGUGGAAAUAUGCCGCCGGGGAUUUGAAUGUUUUAUAAAAUACACAAUUAUACAAGAUGGAAACACCUCGCUGGAUUCGUUUCUUUAGUAAUGAGGAUUUUCGUGAUUACCAGCAACAAGCACAGGUGUACCGGGGGAAGAUUUGUCACGCGAUGGGGAGAGACCGUAAUGGGUAUCAGCUGAGAGCCGUCAAUUCUUUUGGCGAGAAAUCCAGUGAACCAGCUCAGUCAGAAUACAAAUCAUAUUGCACAGAGCCCCACAGGGUUGGGAACGAACAACAACCUGCGCUCAGUAAGGCACACGUGGACCGGGGUCAUGAACACCAACCAAAGUCACACAAAGAUGAGGGUGAUGAACACCUGCAACCGUCACACAAAGACGGAAGACCUGCAAGCAGAACCUCUUCCCAGAUGGAGUGGGAACGUGAUCGCCAUUCUGCGACCCACAAGAAGGGUCGAAGGGAACGCCAAACAACGUCAUGCAAAGAGGGGAAACAAGAACGUUCCACAUCCCUCCACAAAGAGAGGGGACAUCAACGCCAUUCCACGUCCCUCAAGAACGGCGGACAAGAACGACCUCUAACGACCGUUACAGUGAGCAAGGGAGAUAAGUCAAGUUGCCAAGGGCUGGACCACAGUUCGAACGAAACGUCAGGCAACUCCACCUUGGAGCUUAUCAACUUUAAAAACGCUGGAAGAAAUCCUGUAGUGCUAUCCUGCCUCUUGUUACUUGUCGUGUUGAUCGUAGGAGCGACAGUAAUCGUCAUAUAUUAUAUUCUCAACCAAAAACAAGGGCUGCCACAAAUGACACCCGAAGUUGAGAAGUUGCAAGGAACACAUGUGAUAAGGGCAAACGUCAGAAUGAAGAUUCUCAACAAGUCCUACAAGCCUGCCAUGAACCAAUCUGUCUCUGCAAAGUUCGCGUCCAUAGCAGAGCCAUUCGCAACAGAGCUCGACGAAAUCUUCUUAUUAUCCGUUUUCGGUAAAAUUUAUUACGGAGCCACAGUGCAGAGUUUGAGUCCAGGCAGUAUCCAGACCGACACGGAUCUCAUCCUACUGGACACGGGACUUGUAAAAGAUGGGGAGAUCAUCCGGCGCACCAUCUCCGACUCGGCGAAGACCGUGGCUUACCAGGAUGUGACGGCCUUUGCUAUUGGAGACUUCAUCGUGUGCGCAGACUGCAUCACCGUGGACUUGUACAACAUCAUUCUGGACGCGCUGCCCACAAAGCCGGAAUAUUCCACUGCAAGAGGGACGACAGCUGUUGCCGAUGUGUCUGCCGCCAACACCACCCCUGAAAAAGAAACUUCAAGUCAAAACCCGUUGACGAAGACACGCAUUACACACGAGGCGACGGCGACAACGAAACCAUCAGGCGCAACACCAACAACGACGACUACGUCAGUCACGACGCAUCGGGCAUUCUCACCAACAACAACUACCGACAUCUCAGCGACAUCCAGCAAACCGGCUUCUUCACCAUCGACCGCCAUCACCACGGAUGCAUCUUCACCAAACGUGAUAACAACAUCUGUGUCAACAUCAUCAUCUGCAGGAACGACAACUACCGCGCGUGUUGUAACGACGACAGCUACCCCAAGUAUCCAUAUGAGCAACACGAGGACAUCCUUCGGUGCUGAUGACGCUACACUGACAUGCGCAGUGAGAUUUGUUACCGCUUGGAACUACCUCCUGGUAUUACACAAUACACCGUCCGAGGCGGUCCCAACCAUCACUCUCUACCCCAAUGGGAGUUACACAAUUACUAAAGAGGACAUCAAAUCCAAUUUGAAUGUCACGGUGGACGCCAAAGAUGAGGGGGUAGUUUUGACCUUGACAUUCAAGAAGGUCGCGUGCAGUGACGAAGGGAACUACGCAUGUACGUUGUUCACUUCCGAGAACACGUACGCUGCGCAUGGGCUGUUAGAGAUCGUAAACAUACCCACACGGCCGCAUCUUAGUCUCCCGGUUGAGUUGAUCGCAAACCGUAAAAUCAAAGAACCAAUCACGUGCGUGGGGAAUGUGGGUUACCCAGAAGGCUUUCUGUAUCUCCAAAUGAAGUCCAAGUCGUCACCUCAUUUCACCACACUUCCGGCUCACGUGACCUACGACCGCCGGGAAUGUCACGUGACAGCCACAGCCCAGCUGAUUGGUUUCUCCCCUACGUUAGAAGCCAAUGGAACUGUUAUUCGCUGUAUGAUAGAAAACAGUCGUCUGCUGCCACGCGGUCAUGACGUAUCCACCGCAGCCGUCAUGGCGGUACUGCCAGAUGACAUCUGUGGUCUGACGGUCAACGGCAGCUUACGCCACCCGUACUCCUGCAGCAAGUCCAUCGUGUGCACCAACUCUGACCCAUCUGUUGGACAAUGUCCAGACGAGCUCUGUUUUGAUCCAAGCAGUGGACAGUGCGGCCAAGUUGCCCUGUCGCUGCGCACGUCAACGGGCUCCCUGAACGAAGGCCUCACCGCCAUCGCGUGCCGGCUGCUUCACCGGGGAACAUGGGACAUCCUGUCAGUGAAGAGGCAGACGACAUCCGGUUACGAAUAUGACAUCAUGCACGUGCACAGCAACGGAAGUGUCGCCUGGAUUGAUAGCAACCUCGAGUCUCGUGCUCUCAGUGAAGUGUUUAUCUCCAAAUACGAAGCAGAAAUCCUGAUAUGGAUUUCAAUCCUCAAGUGUGCUGACGGAGGACGUUAUAUUUGUGGGGCGUCUGGUAUCCAGAACCUCACACAAGCACAGUCAACACUGAGCGUCAUCUCUAAACCGGAAGAGCCUAUUUUGACGGUUCCUGUUCAGGUGGUAGAGAAUGACCUCUCCCAACAUGAAAUCACGUGCAAGGCAGAAGUUGGCUUCCCUGCUGGUGGGCUUGUUCUCAAGUUUCGCCUCAAGAAUGAGACUGACUUUCAACGUGUUGACUUCGAUAGUACGGAAACCACGACACGCGCCUGCCGUACCCAGAUGGAGGGGAAGUACGUGAUGACAGGCAACACCACCCUGAAUGAAACCUUGGUCAUGUGUGAGGUGGAAUCUAGUUUGACCAAGGCCAAGGCGGUCACUGAAAUGUUGUUCAUUAUACCGGAGAACUACUGCGGUAAUGAGAACAAUACGUCUCUAGAACAUCCGUUUGACUGUCGGUACUACAUCCAGUGCCCUGGCGGAGGGAUUUAUGUGUCGAUGUGUAGUGUAGGACUUUGUUUUAACCCUGUUAACAAACAGUGUGAUUUGCCGGAACCCACGGAAGAGAAAGAUGACCCCUCCCAUCCCUGCUACCCUAAUCGACAUGGGGAGUACCUGCCCCACCCCUUCAUCUGCAACAAGUACUACUGGUGUGUGGGGGGUCGGGAGGAAGUGCAACACUGCCAGCAGGGUACCCUCUAUCUCGGGGAGGGCCAGUGCACAUUCGACGUGGAGGAGUCGCACUGUUACAACGCUCGCAAUACAACUCUACCUGCUGUGUGAUAGACGUGUGUAGGGGACGCGUGAAGGUCCGGGGUAGAAUAUGUCUGCUAUAAGAGGCGACUAUGCUUGUCGGAAGAGGCAACUAACGGGAUCGUGUGGUCAGGCUCGCUGAUUAGAUUAUUUACAUAACGCCGCCAUAUAGCUGAAAUAUUGCUGAGUGCGGCGUUAAACAACACACACACUCUAACCCGGUUCCACACGGGUCCGACAUAAAAAGGAAUUUACUGAGCAUGUGCCAUUCAAAAUGAGAUGUGACAGACUAAAGUGAGACUGACGUGAGAUGUAACAGACUAACGUGAGAUGUAAAAUACUAACGUGAGAUGUAUCAGGCUAACGUGAGAUGUAUCAGGCUAACGUGAGAUGUAUCAGACUAACGUGAGAUGUAAAAGACUAACGUGAAAUGUAACAGACUAACGUGAGAUGUGACAGACUAACGUGAGAUGUGACAGACUAACGUGAGAUGUGACAGACUAACGUGAGAUGUGACAGACUAACGUGAGCUGUGAAGACUAACGUGAAAUGUAACAGACUAACCAGAGAUGUAACAGACUAACGUAAGAUGUAAAGACUAACGUGAGAUGUGAAGACUAACGUGAGAUGUAACAGACUAACGUGAAAUGUAACAGACUAACGUGAGAUGUGACAGACUAACGUGAGAUGUGACAGACUAACGUGAGAUGUGACAGACUAACGUGAGAUGUGACAGACUAACGUGAGCUGUGAAGACUAACGUGAAAUGUAACAGACUAACCUGAGAUGUAACAGACUAACGUAAGAUGUAAAGACUAACGUGAGAUGUGAAGACUAACGUGAGAUGUAUCAGACUAACGUGAGAUGUAUCAGACUAACGUGAGAUGUAUCAGACUAACGUGAGAUGUAUCAGACUAACGUGAGAUGUGAAGACAGGUAUUUAAAGUGUUCCUAUCUUAUUGUCUGUGCACGGCAAUUGUUGAUCAUAUGUUGGUGUAUGUGUUAAAUACUAGCAUGCUUAUUGCUUUAAUGAAGAACUUCACCUCAUUGAUAAUAUUCAUGUAGUGAAGUGCUGUCCUGAAGGUCAGUUGUAUGUAAGUAUUUGUAUUAACGUUAUAAUAGAACAGUUCUUGACACGCAGGCCCUGUUCUUGGUGUUCCGGCAUUUUUACCUGUUGCGUUUGAUUUUCGGGCCAUUUAAACAUCUCUGUCUUUUAAACCAUCGUCAUCUGCUGUUGAGACUAAAAAAGUUUGUUAGAACCAGAAACGUGUCCUCAGUGAAUUAAAUCUUCAAAAUAGUUUGGAGAGGGACUAUAAUGAUUGACAAAUAAUGAACAUCAGUGGCAAAAGAGUCUAUGUAAUUAUGUAUGAGAAACUGUCCUCUGUGGUUGAGGUAUAGAGGAUGAAUUUCACUGUUUUACUUGUAUGUGAUAUUUGUUUUGCUAGAAGAAUAAAAUAUCUAUCAACGA